AUGAGCGGUCCCGUGAAGAAAAUCGCGGGCGAGGCCGCCAAGGCGAGCGGUCUGCUCGGCAACAUCGCCAAGGUUCUCCCCUGGAAGAUCACCGGCCCCGCAUCCGGCGCGGAGUGGAAGGAGGUGCCCAUCGGAGCCACCGAGUACCGCGUCACCGCCCCAGCGAGCCAGCCCAGCACGGUGAGGGUCCCGCACGCCGAGCCCGAACGGAUCUACGACGUCAGGUACCACACCAGGGACUCGAGGCGCAAGUACGAGCCCGUCCUUCACGGCGACGUGUACUCGACCACGGUGGUGACGCCGGAGAACAUCAUGCAAAACAUGGAGGACAACGUGAAGGGAGUCUUCACCCCCGGGGUGAGGCACGGGAUCCAGGACUUGAACGGGUACGAGGAGGUGAGCAUCCUGGAGCAGACCAACGGGGGGUACACGUGACAGACGUCCUCCCGUGCCGCCACUUUCUGUACCCGUAGUCGACAAAUCUGUAAUCAAUUAUAAUUUCAAGUUUCACCGAAA